GUUGAAAAUAGACGCGACGAUACGUCAGCGACGAUAGCCGCCGACUAUUUUCGAACAACGGUCUCUCAGCACUCCCGGAAUCGUGACUCCGCACACGCAUCACGACUAAGGAAUCGCGAGCAUCCGGUGCCCAGAUCGCUUCCUUUCGUUGCCGGAUCGCGACGCCGACUCUUCGAGACGCCGAUUCAAGGCGGAAACUUCGAUCAAAGAUCGCCGCUUACUCGCUCUUUCGAGAGACACUCGAUGAUGGCUCGAGCACACGUUGCUCUGCUCCUCGUCGCCGCAUCGCUGCCGAUUUUCGGUGACACCGCCUCCGCUCACAUUCAUAUGCAUAAUCACAAGCUCGACAGAAAUGAAAGGAUAGAAGACGGGGCCUUCGGCUCCCGCGACGCCGAUCAUUACGUGGAUGGCGAGCAUCAUCAUGAGUUCGAUCACGAAGCUAUUCUAGGAAGUACGAAAGAAGCGGAAGAAUUUGAUAAACUCCCAAUAGAAGAAUCUAAAAGGAGAUUAGGAAUUUUACUUACUAAGAUGGAUUUGAAUAAUGACAAAUAUAUAGAGAGAAAUGAGUUAAAAGCCUGGAUCUUGCGUUCUUUCAGUAUGCUGUCUGCAGAAGAAUCUCAAGAUCGCUUAGAUGAAGCUGAUAUAGAUGGAGAUGACAAAGUGACCUGGGAUGAAAUCCUGCAGGAUACUUAUGGCAACAAUCCUGAAGAUUUAAGUUUUGAUGAUAAAUUUAUCCUAAAUGACAGAGAGAUAUUUGAAGCUGCAGAUUUAAACAAAGAUGGUUAUUUGGAUUCGGAGGAAUUCAAAGCUUAUACACAUUCUGAGGAGACACCUAGAAUGUUCCCCUUAUUGUUGAAGCAAGCUUUGGAAGACAAAGACACAGAUGAAAAUGGAUACAUUAAUUUUCAGGAAUAUGUCGGUGAAAGAGCCAAAUCUAAGGAUAAAGAAUGGUUAUUAUCAGAAAAAGAUAAAUUUGAUUAUGAACAUGAUAAAAACAGAGAUGGUAGAUUGGAUGCGGAUGAAAUUCUUUCUUGGCUUGUUCCAAGUAAUGAAGAAAUAGCAAACGACGAGGUGGACCAUUUAUUUGCAGGUUCCGAUGAUGAUCACGAUAAUAGAUUAUCAUUCGAAGAAAUAUUGGACCAUCAUGAUGCUUUUGUAGGUAGCGAAGCAACAGAUUAUGGUGACCAUUUGCAAGAUAUCGAGCGUUUCACCGACGAACUUUGAGAGUCGUUGAUCGAUUGGACUGAUAAUAUGGAUAUUAUCUUUUGUAAUAUUCAUUAGGCAUAUUCAUUUCCAACUGAAAGUAUUUUUAAUACACUACUCAUAACGAUAAUAUUAUUUUAUUAAUUAUGUCUUUAAGGAAUCCUAUGAGCAAUAUCUCCAAAUUUUAAAUUAGUAUUUA